AUGUCAGCCAAGUCCAAGGGGACCCCGUCGUCGUCCGCUCCAGCCGAGGGACCGCCGGCAGCCUCCACGACCAAGGUGAAGGAGCAGAUCAAGAUCAUCGUGGAGGACCUGGAGUUAGUUCUGGGCGACCUGAAGGACGUAGCCAAAGAACUUAAGGAGGUGGUUGACCAGAUUGAUACCUUGACCUCUGACCUACAGCUGGAGGAUGAGAUGACCGACAGCUCCAAAACAGACACGCUGAACAGCAGCUCAAGUGGCACCACAGCUUCCAGCAUCGAGAAGAUCAAAGUGCAGGCCAAUGCACCCCUCAUUAGAAACUCCCCUCACCCAUCUGCCAUCCUCACGGUCCUGAGAAAGCCGAACCCUCCACCGCCACCUCCACGGUUGACACCUGUGAAGUGUGAAGAACCCCCACGGCCAUUGCCAACAGCGAAUCCCAUGAAAACCAAUGGCACGCUGCUGAGAAACGGAGGGGUGCCAGGUGGACCUCACCGAAUACCCAAUGGAGACCUCUGCUGUAUACCCAACAGUAACCUGGACAAGACUCCUGGGCAGCCUCUGAUGCAUAGACCAGAAAAGGACAGGUGUCCCCAGGCAGGGCCUAGGGAACGAGUCCGGUUUAACGAAAAAGUGCAGUACCAUGGCUACUGCCCUGACUGUGACACCCGGUAUAACAUAAAAAACAGGGAGGUCCACCUACACAGUGAACCUGUCCACCCACCGGGCAAGAUCCCUCCCCAAGGUUCUCCCCUCCCUCCUCCACCCCACCUGCCUCCUUUUCCACUAGAAAAUGGGGGCCUGGGAAUAAGCCACAGUAACAGCUUCCCCCCUCUGAGACCUGCACCUGUGCCUCCUCCCACUGCACCAAAACCACAGAAGACCAUCUUGAGGAAGUCAACCACCACCACAGUGUGACAUAUGCCAUUGAAAAAAAAACAGCUUUUAUUUUAUUUUCUGUUAUAAACAAAAUAAUAAGUAAUCAGCACUUUCUACGCAAGCAAUAAAAAGCCCAAAUAUAUUAAUCCUGCAUUCAGCAAAGUGGCAUUAAAAAAAAUUCUGGUAAGUAUGCAGUACAUUGCUUAUAUCCUGGGUAUACAUUAUUCUAAAUGCAUCAUCAAAAACCACAGAAUGA